GCGCAGAAACGUAAUUUCACGACAAGACACGUACAAGGGGUUGUGUUUCAUUUAAAGGGUUCACACUUACAGUUGUAUGUAAAGAAAAGCGUUACAAUUUCAGGUCCAAAACAUGAGCACACUAUGGAUGGGAAACUUGGAGCCCUACAUGGACGAGAAGUUCAUUACCCGAGCCUUCGGCACCAUGGGGGAGUUGGUGGUGAGUGUACGGAUUAUACGCAACAAGAUGACUGGUAGGGGUGCAGCAGGCUACUGCUUCGUGGAGCUGACAGAUGAAGCCACAGCUGAGCGGUGUCUUCGUAAAGUCAAUGGAAAAGCACUACCAGGAGCCACACCGCCUAGAAGAUUCAAGUUAAACCGGGCCACCUUUGGGAAGCAAGGAGAAAGCGGUCCACUCUAUUCUCUGUUUGUUGGGGAUCUCACACCUGAAGUGGAUGACGGGAUGCUCUACGAGUUCUUUUACAACCGCUACCCAUCCUGUCGUGGGGGGAAGGUGGUGCUGGAUGGCACGGGGAACUCCAAGGGUUGUGGGUUUGUCCAGUUCCCAGACCAGAGGCUUCAGAAGCUGGCGCUGGAGGAGUGUCAGGGAGCGGUGGGGCUCGGGAGCAAGCCAUUACGACUGAGCCUAGCUGCUAACAAAACUCGGCAUAAUCAAUCAGACAGCAGGGGGUGGGGGUCACACGGAGGAGGCUACAGACACAACCAGAACCAAUACAAUCAGCACAAUCAACAGCCGUACGGUAGUGGAUGGGGCUCUUGGGGCUACGACCAGAAUGGAGGCAACUAUGGCGGCUACAACUACAACCAGUAUGAUUACACACAGAAUCCUGCACAGGAAAAUGAAGCUUUUGAAGAUGAUGGUCUGGAAGAUCCUAACCCAGAGCUGGAUGUGGUGGAAGCCAACAGGAAGUUUAUGGAACACAGCGAGGAACUGUAUGAUGCCCUUAUCGAGUGCCACUGGCAACCCUUGGAAUCCUCGGAACAAACCUUUGGAACUACGAGUACCCUUCCAGAACCUGUCUACUGUUGAGGCAAUAUCCUCUUGCUAUGUUAUUUGGCCUUUCAUAUUAUAUUCUGUAGGCUAAAGACAUCCCCAGUCCUUGACAAUAAUUGCCAUUUGCUUACAGACAUUGUUUGAUAAUCAACAAAAAUGAUUUAUUUUGUGCAUCUAUUAACAUCUUUUUUUUUCUUUUUUAACAAAAAAAAACAGUGGACACGUGGCUCAUCCUGUACCUAAGAAUAGCUUCCCAUUUUCAUGUCCUAUGUCCGUAUCCUAAAUGGCCCUCUAUUCAUCUAAGUGCAGCAUAGCUUUUUUUUUUCCCCCCAGGGCUCGAAGGUCACUGGUCAAAAGGUAGUGCACUAUAUAGGGAAUUAGUGCCAUUUCAGUGUUUUAAAAAAAAUAAUGUUUUAUUCAUGUAUUUUCCCUUCUCAAUUGAGGAGUAAGUGAUUGAGUAAUCUGCAGUGUUACACUGCCUUCUGUCUGUUUCCAUAUGUGUUUUGUAAAGUAAGAAUAAACAUAUGUAUCAUGUUGCCAGGUAGAAAUGUCCUAUAGAAUGUCCCAACAAAAAUGACAGUUGUUUCCAGUCUCAUAGAGUUUAGCAAACGUACAAUGUUGUGGAACGGCUGCAGAUAGAAAUGACAUGUCACAGACCUUCUACAUGUCACAGAGCUGAGGUGAUUCCUUCUACAUGUCACAGAGCUGAGGUGAUUCCUUCUACAUGUCACAGAGCUGAGGUGAUUCCUUCUACAUGUCACAGAGCUGAGGUGAUUCCUUCUACGUGUCACAGAGCUGAGGUGAUUCCUUCUACGUGUCACAGAGCUGAGGCGAUUCCUUCUACAUGUCACAGAGCUGAGGUGAUUCCUUCUACAUGUCACAGAGCUGAGGUGAUUCCUUCUACAUGUCACAGAGCUGAGGUGAUUCCUUCUACGUGUCACAGCUGAGGUGAUUCCUUCUACGUGUCACAGACCUGAGGUGAUUCCUUCUACGUGUCACAGACCUGAGGUGAUUCCUUCUACGUGUCACAGACCUGAGGUGAUUCCUUCUACGUGUCACAGACCUGAGGUGAUUCCUUCUACGUGUCACAGACCUGAGGUGAUUCCUUCUACGUGUCACAGACCUGAGGUGAUUCCUUCUACAUGUCACAGAGCUGAGGUGAUUUCCUUCUACAUGUCACAGAGCUGAGGUGAUUUCCUUCUACAUGUCACAGAGCUGAGGUGAUUUCCUUCUACAUGUCACAGAGCUGAGGUGAUUUCCUUCUACAUGUCACAGAGCUGAGGUGAUUUCCUUCUACAUGUCACAGAGCUGAGGUGAUUUCCUUCUACAUGUCACAGAGCUGAGGUGAUUUCCUUCUACAUGUCACAGAGCUGAGGUGAUUUCCUUCUACAUGUCACAGAGCUGAGGUGAUUUCCUUCUACAUGUCACAGAGCUGAGGUGAUUUCCUUCUACAUGUCACAGAGCUGAGGUGAUUUCCUUCUACAUGUCACAGAGCUGAGGUGAUUCUUCCAUUUUUUUCCUAUCUCAACGUUCCAAAACAUUGUACGCUGCUUAAUGUGCCCCGGCCUCUAUUGAGUGAGAGGGCUCCGCAUGGCCGGUUCAAUCAACAGAAAACCACAUAACAGUCGCAAGGUUUCCCAGUGACUAAAGGGGAGGCAUGGACUACCAUAGCCAGAGGGACCUCCAUUGAAUGAAUCCCAUGGUGGACAGGAUUUGAGAUUAUUUUGCAUGACUAGGUUUACUCUGAGUUUGUGUUUUUAGUUUGAAUUCCUUUUUGUAAUCCUCUUCUGCAGUUGAGAGACUUCUUCCUCCUUUUAUUUGACUUAUCUAUGUACAUAUUGUUUUUUAACAAAAUUACGAUCCCUUUUUAUAAACUGAUUUGAUUGACUAUCCACUUCAUUACCAUACGCUUUACUCACAACCAAGGCCUGUAUGCAAUGACAGAUGACAGUUUUGGACAAUGAUGUAUAUAAUGCAGUGUUCAUGUGCUAGUCAGAACUAGGAAACUCUGAAAUAUCUGCCUUGGUAACUGGGUGGAUGUGUAGAACUACAACCAGUUAGCAAGUUGUACAUUUCCUAGUUCUGACUGGCACUUGAAUGCGGCAUUAAACACUGGAUUGCUGAAGCUAUGUAUUGGCAGUUGAGAGGGGUUGAAGACACCGGUCGGCCAUAUUGGCACUCCCCAGUGGAAGAAGUCCUCCAUAGGAAUUAAUGGAAUUUACUGUGUUUCAAGGACAAAAUUACAUGUAUUUGAUUUUUUUUUUUUUUUGUUGUAGUGGGGACGUUAACAUUUAGUAUUAAAAACAAUUUGAAGGAUAAAAAAAAUAUGACUAGUUAAAGGUUACAUGAAGAAAAAAAAGUGUGUGUGUAUAUAUAUACACACACAAUUUUUCUUUACAUUGAUCUCACAUAACUUGUAUGCAUUAUAGUGUCUGUAAUAGAAUAAACGUGUCAAAAACCAA